AUGCCGAGGCCCGUUGGAUUUACCCUUGAAGAUGAAGGAGCAAAGAAGAAGUGGGACGCGUGGAAACGAGAAGAAGGUGUCUCCCGUACUGAAGCAAAGAGACGGUACAUUUCCUACUUGAUUGAGACCAUGAGAAUAUAUGCCAGUGGUACUUUGGAAGCAAGAGAACUUCUCAGCGAACUUGAAUAUCUCUGGGACCAAAUUAAGGACUUGCAGUAUACUCCAGAUAGCGACUCGCCUCCGAUGCCGUUACCAUUGCCUUCGCAUUCUCCGCUGUUCUCCCACACCGAUCGCUAUUCAACCACCACUCCAUUACCGCCGCCUAGUAACUAUUCUGGGAGCGGCACACAAUACCGAAACAACCUUCAAAAGAUAUACUCCCAUUCUCGACGCAAUACCAUGCUCUCGAUAAACGAGUACGUUCAACUGCAAAGGCUUCAGCAACUGCAUGGCGGUACACAUCUGGUGAAAAAUGCCGGGCCAGGAGAUUCAGUUUACUCUGCGCAACAAGGGAAUGCCGGUGCAGGUGCAUCAUCUUUAGACGAGUUCAAGUCAUGGCAGGGAGAAGUGAACUUGAUGAUAAACAAGCUCUCGCGUGAUAUCGUCAACUACAAACGUCAUCGCAGCGAGCUGUCCGAAAGCAGUGAUCAACUUCCGGAGGCACGCAAGCGAGCGUUAAAAACCUUGCGGGCAGUGGGCCUGGUACUUUUGCGUAUUGCUAAGAACUUUUCUAUCAGCUGCUUGACUUUGCUCUUCUUAGUGUGGUGCAUCAAGCGUAAUGUCAUUGUGAAGCAGACGCUCAUAAAAAAACCCAACAAUAAGCACAAGGAGCUUGUCAUAAAUAUGGUGUUGAACACCGAUGAGAACAAGUGGUUUAUUCGUCUUUUAAACUUGAUCAACAGUUUUGUGGGGUUCGUCUAG